AUGACUCCCAUACCUGAAGCCUCAUCACUCUCUCACCGUCCAACCUACACGACCGACCAGCUGGCCGCCUAUGUUGCCUGCAUCGCCCCAGAUCCAACCUACACCCUUGCUACCUUGGAAGCCGAGAUCCAAGCCGACCCGCUGACCGCAUUGGCAAGUCUCCAAAUCCGCCAACUGGGCUUCAAUCCUUGGGGCAAUGUCGCUCUACACUAUUCCUGGCAUCGCACCAUCACGCUCGAUCCCGAGGCCCUCUUUCACAAGAUCGUCGAGAGGAAGCUCGGUGGCUACUGCAUGGAGAACAAUGCCUUCUUCGCCACCGUCUUGAGAUCCCUGGGCUAUCAAUCAUACGUGACUGGUGCCAGAGUCAGUCAUGGCCCACAGGGGAAGCCCCCCGAAGGGUUUGCCGGCUGGGAGCAUGAAGUUAUCCUGGUUACCAUUAACAACCAGAAAUACCUAGUUGAUGUAGGCUUUGGCUCUCAAUCGGCCGUCCGUCCCCUUCCGCUGAUCAAGGGUUCCGAUGCGGUGUACAAAUCUGUCCCUGGUGCAGAGGUUCGUCUUGUCUAUCGUCCGAUCGCGCCAAAUACCGACUCUUCACAAUUCCUCUGGGUGCUCGAAACCCGCAACACCACCAAUCCAGCCUGGGCGGGUGGCUUUUGCUUCUCUGAACUGGAAUGGUUGCCAGCAGAUUUCGAAAUCAUCAACUAUCGCACCAGCCAAGAUCCCCGGAGUUGGUUCACUCACCGUUUGGUCCUGGUCAAGACUUUGGUAGACGACGAAACCCGCACUAAACCCUUGGGUACUGUCAUUUUGUCCGGCAACGUGAUAGAGAGACGACUCGGUGAGGCGGCAAAGGAAGUGGUCGUCGAGGCGAAAACUGAACACGAAAGAAUAAUAGCUCUUAAGACCUGGUUUGGUAUAGCGCUCCUGCCCGAGGAAGAGAGGGGCAUCGCAGGAAGGGCAACAGAGAUCUGCUCGCCAUUUGCCCUGUAG